CCAAGGGGCAUUGCUGAAAUUUCUUCAUCCCGCUCUACCAAGUGUUGUCUCUGGUGCUACUGAAGGGCCAUCAACAUCGUCUUCGUCACAUGUUUAUGAGGAGGAGCAAGUGGAAGACAACAUUGCGGCGUCCACACCACUUCCCAGCAGUGGUUCAACAGAAGUGCCAUCAACUCCAUCACGACUUGAGGAGGAGCAAGUGGAAGCAUCCACACCACUUCCCAGCAGUGGUUCAACAGAAGUGCCAUCAACUCCAUCUCCACUUCAUGAGGAGGACAAAGAGGAAGAUGACAUUGACAUGGCAGAGACCACCCCACCAUCCAGAACUGGGGUACCUGUAGGUAUUGCAAGCACCACAUUAAGUGAUGACCCAGGAUGUUGGCCCAGUGUCCUAACAAGCAGUAUGCGCUGUGAAAUAGUCAAAAAAGGACCUGUGCAAAUCAUGGACAUUGAAUUCCCGCAAAACUUAGACAAUCCUCCUCGAAGAUUCACCAAGGACAGUUACAAAAGAACCAUGAAAAAUGGUGAGAAUAUACAUCGAUCGUGGCUGGUGUAUUCCAUCCACACAGAUGGAGUGUUCUGUUUCCCUUGUACUGUUUUCGGGAAGCGUGAGCGUGACAAUGCCUUAACGACCUGUGGCUACGGUGGAUGGAAGAACCUUUCCUAUCGCCUAAAAAAACACGAGUGCACAAAGGUGCACUGUGACAAUGUGAAAAAGUGGCACGACCUUCAGAGGAGACUGCAAACCAGUACACUGAUUGAUCAAAGACAGAUGGAGUUGAUGCAACUUGAAGUUGAACACUGGAAAGGCGUGAUUCGGAGAGUGAUUGCCAUAGUUUCCCAUCUGGCAGAACGCAACCAGGCUUUGAGAGGAACUACCAGUACCGUGUAUGAUCGCCACAAUGGGAAUUUUCUGGCUCAAGUGGAACUCCUAGCACAGUUUGAUCCGGUAAUGAAUGAACACAUCAGACGAAUACAAUGCAAAGAGACAAAGGUGCAUUACCUGAGUGGAGUCAUUCAGAACGAAAUCAUUCAGCUGGUCGGAGACAAAAUCCUACAGGAGAUUGCAAGAAGAGUGCACAAAGCAAAAUACUUCUCCGUGAUCAUGGAUUGCACUCCUGACAUCAGCCACAAGGAACAACUUUCUGUUGUUCUCAGGAUUGUCAACUGUGAAACACCUGUUUCUAUUGCUGAGCAUUUUUUGGGAUUUGUACAUGUUGAAGACACAACUGGUAAAGGGCUCAGUGAAAUCCUGCUUGACCAGUUGGAGAAGCACAACCUCAGCAUUUCAGAUUGCCGUGGGCAGUCAUACGACAAUGGCAGCAAUAUGAUGGGCCACAAACAGGGUGUGCAGGCAAGAAUUUUAGAGCUGAACAACAAGGCGCUAUGCAUCCCAUGCAGCAGUCACACACUAAAUCUGGUUGUGUCAGAUGCUGCCAAGUCUUCAGUGUUGUCCAUGUCUUUUUUUGGUAUGCUGCAACGACUGUACAACCUUUUCAGUUCCUCUGUGCACCGCUGGGCAAUUUUGAAGCAGCAUGUGAAGCAGCUCACCCUUAAGCCACUUUCAGGGACGAGAUGGGAGGCCCGAAUUGACAGUGUGAAGGUAGUGCGGUACCAUCUACCUGAAAUACUAGACGGACUGUCAGCACUGGAGACAUAUGCUACAGAGAAGGGGGACUCAGAGACCAUGUCCUCAGCAAAAAGCUUACAUGGUGAGCUUAAAACAUGGUCCUUUCUUCUGUGCACAAUAACCUGGUACAACGUUUUGUAUCAGGUUAACCAUAUGAGCAAGCUCCUCCAGAGCCCGGAUGUUUCAAUGCAAACACUGAAAAAAGAAACCGAGGGAGUGACAGAGUACCUAGAAGAUUUCAGGGAAAAUGGACUCGCAUCAAGCCAAACGGAUGCAAUGGAGAUUGCAGAAGAUCUGGAAAUUGAGAGGAAAUUGCCUGAGAAAAGGCAACGUAAAAAGAAAAGGCAGUUCCUUUACGAGAGUACAGAUGAAACCCAAUCGACCCCAGAAGAGGCCUUCAGAAGGGACUUCUUCCUGCCUUUGGUUGACACUGCCAUCACCAGCCUAAAAGACAGAUUUUCCAGACUGGAGGGGGUGUAUGCCCUGUACGACUUCCUGUUCAGCAUUGAUAUCAUGAGGGCCACAAUCAAGACUGGGAAAUUGCAUGAGAGAUGCAGGAAAGUGGAACAAACCCUCCAUGAUAUUGAUGCAGACGACUUGGCAUUGGAGAUCAACUCUGCUGUCCACACCUUUCCAGAUGAAGUAUCCAGGUGCCCAUUUAAAAUGCUGGACUACAUAUACAGUGAGAAGCUGUUGGACCUGUACAGCAAUUUAAGCAUUGCACUGCGCCUACUUCUGACCCUUCCUGUCUCGGUUGCCUCCGGAGAGAGGAGCUUUUCAUCUCUGAAGCGCAUAAAGAAUUACAUGAGGUCAACUAUGAGCCAAGAGAGGCUCUCUGGACUGGCACUCAUGUCAAUUGAGAGUGACGUCCGCAGGUCUUUGGACUUGGAGGGGAUUGUGUCUGCAUUUGCUGAGGCCAAGGGCCGCAAGCAGCAGUUUCAGUAGGAAAUAAAAAAAAUAAUAAAGGCUACUUUUCAGUGUAUGUUUGACCUCUUUUGUGAUUAAAACGCACAGAAUUGCGGAAAUUUUUUUUUUAAAGGCCCCCAACAACUUCUUUGCCUAGGGCCCCCAAAAUCCUAGA